CAUAUAUGUAAACAGUGAAUGCCAACCAACCUCACCUGUCAUUCUCCCCCAUCCUACUCCCUUUCAGAAGGCUAUCUUGUUGCAUUUGUCCAUAUAAAUAAAGGGUUUUGGCUGUUUUCAUCCUCAUCUACCUUCUUUGUUAGCCUACCCUACUCCCACUGGCGCUCAUCUCCCCAUCUGAGCCUGAUUUACUUUUCUGUCAUUAGACUUUUCUUAGAGGAAUGGUAAUGGAACAGCUGCGUGGCUGCCCAUCGGUGGUUGCUGGCUCUUCCCUGGAGCUGUCAAUAAAUCAUCGCACAUGUGCACAUUUCAGAGCCCUUUAGGUUCCCUUUCCAGGGUUAGUGGCUUAAGACCUAGUCUCAGUUCUUGACUCAGAAGUAGAAAAUGUAGAAAUUAUCUGUUGGGCUGCAGAAGUCCCUGGGCUACAGGGUCUUUAUGGCAAGGAACUGUGAACUUAAUCCACACCCACCUAGAACCCAGGGGUGGCACACCUCUUUCCCUGCCUGCUAAUGCGGUUCCAUGGAGCCCUUGGGUCUGUAGGUGGUGGGCAUGUGUGCUGGAUGAAGGCCUGCUGGGGACACAUGUGCUGCCAAGCAUCCCAGACCUCGUGACCUCACGUGAGCAACGGUGUGGCCCCUCACAACUCAUGUGCAUCAUCUUCUUUAAGUUUGAUCCUCACCCUGUUUCUAAAAAUGCAUACAGGCUCGUCCUGGCUGCCAACAGGGAUGAAUACUACCACAGGCCAGCCAAGUUGGCAGACUUCUGGGGGAGCAACAAUGAGGUCCUCAGCGGGCUUGACAUGGAAAAAGGCAAAGAAGGAGGCACAUGGCUAGGCAUCAGCACGAGGGGGAAGCUGGGAGCUCUCACCAACUACCUGCAGCCACAGCAGGACCGGGAAGCUCGUGGCAGAGGUGAACUUGUGUCCCACUUUCUGACUGCUGACAUGGAUAGCUUGUCUUACCUGAAGAAGGUCUCUGCUGAAGGUCACCUAUACAAUGGAUUCAACCUCAUAGCAGCUGACUUAAGCACAGCAAAAGGAGAUGUUGUUUGCUACUAUGGAAAUCGGGGAGACCCAGAGCCCAUUGUCCUGACACCAGGGACCUAUGGGCUGAGCAAUGCGCUUCUGGAGACACCCUGGAGGAAGCUAUGCUUCGGCAAGCAGCUCUUCAUGGAUGUGGUAGAGCAGAGCCAGGCACUUCCCAAGGAUGCCCUUGUUGCCCAACUCCUGGACGUGCUCAACAAUGAGGAGGCACAGCUGCCUGACCCGGCCAUCGAGGACCAGGGCCAGGAGUAUGUGCGGCCCAUACUGAACAAGUACGCGGCUGUUUUUGUGCGCGGCUCCAAUUAUGGCACCAGAACCAACACCAUCAUCCUUGUGGAUGCAGAUGGUCAUGUGACUUUCACAGAACGAAGUAUGCUGGACAAAGACCUCUCCCGCUGGGAGACCACCACCCACGAGUUCAUGCUACAGAGCUGACUGUUACCACUGGACAUGGCCAGAAGGUUCCUGAGAGGCCAUGCUGUAUGGUCAGUGUGGACAGGAACCUUCCAUGGCCAUACUUUGGUUGAAGUGAGCCCUUUCUUCUGAGUGCAUAGACAGAACACAACUGUGCUUCCAUUCCCACUGUUAGGCUUGCUUCUGCAGAAAUGAUGGUCACUGGAGUCAGCUGAGGGAAGAUUUAUUUAUACUGUAGAACAACAGCCUUUUGUGGUUCUACACAUUUGAGGGGUUCUCCCAUACACUGGAUGGCCUUGAGGGUAGACUCGUGUGCUGGGUGGUUCUGUGACACCUGGGGUCCCAUGGGCACUGGAUAGUCCUGUAGGCAAUGAUAAUUACAUGUACACUGGAGGCUUUUAGACUCUUAGUUGUCCAGGUAGGUGUUGUGGGUUCUGGGACAGCCUCUGCCAUCUCCCAUCUCCUUAAUAGUCAGACUUCACAGGAAUCUGAACCUGAGUGUGAGCUGUUGUUAAUAAAAUAUUAAGCUGUGGUAA